AUGAGUCGACCUCCGGCAGAUAUGGGUCAGAGUCUUGGUUACCAAGCUUAUCUUUCGAAAUAUGUGCUUUAUUUUCUUCGGUGCCCAUCAAAGGGUCGGCCCAAGGACUGCAUUCACCCUUGUCCUCGAUACGUGCACUCGAAGCCCUGUGAUCCAUGCACGCAGUUCGUGGAAUUGGAGUGUUACUGUGAAGCCACUGGAAUUGUGAAGCCGUGUCAGGAAUGGUGCGACAUGGAUGAGUCUCAGAAAGAGCUCAUCAAGUGCUGCAGGGUGCGAUGCGCUAAACUUCUUGAGUGUGGGCACCAAUGUCCCCAAAUCUGCCAUCCAGGAAAAUGCGCCGAGCCCAAAGAAUGCGUGGAAAACGUUAUCCGGUAUUGUGAUUGCGAGCGAAUUGAAAGGAUAUUCCCAUGCAGAGGUUGUGGCGCGAAAGACCAAGAAGUGCAGUGCGACAAUAUUUGUGCAGAGCUACUCCAAAGCUACAAGCAAGCCAUCGCAGAAAUGAAGAACAAUCCUUUCAAACACCAGGAUGCGAUCAAGGAUCCGACGGCGGACGAUUCCUCGUCGUGCGGCCAAGACGUCGGCGUCGAGGCCGAGGAGCUGAUUUCUUCGCAGAAGUCGCCGACGCUGGAAAACAAGAAUGAGUCAGGAUCGGAAAGUGGUUUCAAUGAAGACAACAAGAACUCGGAAGACGGUCACGCUGAAUCUGCGGUCGAUGUCGCGUUUCGAGGUGUCGAAAAACCUGGCACCGAAACUGAAUGCAGGAGUCUGGUGUCGACUUCGUCCGAGGUGUCUGCUGCGUACUCGGCUGAAAAGGAGCAAAACUCGCUCACAGCUCAGAGCGACGAGCUCAACGCUUCGAGCUUGACCUCUGAAGAUUCGUCGAGGAAGCCUCAGAGCCGCGUCUCCAGAUCUUCGAGUCGCGUGAGCAACUACAGCGAGGAGGAUAUACCCAGACAACUGGAUCGCGACAAGAUUAUCAAGAUAAUGCGCUCGUCUACUCGAAGGAAGAAACUCAUUAAAUGCGAUCAGGGCGAAGUCAUUAACGAAAUGCAAAACUCAUCAUAA